AUGUCUUCCUCCUACUUGUUAGCUCUCCUUGCGCUACUCACGGUGGUUCUCACCGAACCCGCGGUUGGAGAUUACGUCGAUAAGCCUGAACCUCCAAAACCGUCAUUCGUUCCAACAUACAAGCCACCCAAGCCUCCGGUGGUUCCAAUAUACAAACCACCCAAGCCUCCAUUGGCUCCGAUCUACAAACCACCCAAGCCUCCGGUGGCUCCAGUAUACAAACCACCAAAGCCUCCGGUAGCUCCGGUGUACAAACCGGUGACUCCGAUAUACAAACCGCCCAAGCCUCCGGUGGCUCCAAUAUACAAACCACCGGUUCAAAUUCCCAAACCACCACCUUACCCAUACAAGCCUCCCUACAAGCCACCAGCAUCCAACUGA